UGUGAGCCUAUCGGAAUAUGCAUUCUUCGUUCUGAUUUAGGUCAUUUGCAAUUAUGAGGCUUUGCUCAGUAAUUUCAAUUACCCAAUACAUAAGCCAACUUUAAAGAAACGAACUGCACUUCGUCCGUGACGGAUAUAAACGAAAAUGGACAGUGAUCAGGCAAAGGACAACACUUCUAAAACCAAGGAAAAGACAAAUAAUAAAUCUGCAGAACCAUUAGGACUAACUACAAAAAUUGCUCUCGAAACAUUACAGCGUGAUAUUAAAAGAGUUUUACAAGAAUAUGAAGAAGACUACAGAAAACACAAAAAAUAUAAAGUUUGGCUAAAAGAUACUUUACAUCAUCGUAGUCAAUACACAACACUUUGCUGGACUUCAGCAAUUGCACUUUUGAUUAAUGCCAUUAUUCUUAUUGUUGCAUCCUUCACAAUGGACGAUACACGGUAUCAUACACUGCCUUAUGAAGGGCUGAGUGUCUGUUGUUUAGUAGUCUUAAAUUUUGCUUUAGUUGUAUCAGAUAAUAAAUUACGACACGAAGAAAUCCCUCACAGAGUACGAAUUCUUGUUGACCAACUAGAAGUUGCAAAAACUACUUCCCAAUGGAAUCCUGAAAAUUAUCCACAUUUAUGCAGUCCGCUGUCUCCUUGUUUAACUCUACAGUGGACAUACCGCGAUAGUCAUAUUGUGAAUUUACCAUGGGCGUUAUUAGUUGCUGGAGAUAUAAUUGUAAUUAAACCAGGACAACAAGCGCCUGGAUACUGCGUUCCUUACGAUGAUCCAGAUGCACCAGCAUUACAUGCAAGGGAAGUUUAUAGUCCACAAAUUCAUAGUGCCAAUGAAAUUUUCUCAACGCCGCAAGCACGAGCACCAUUGAAAAAUAAAAUUUAUAGACUUCAAGAAACGCCAUAUUUAACGAAUCUAAGAAUGGCUCUCGAUCAAGCUCUUGAUAGACCGGUCACGUAUCACAACCGCAAACGGCAUCUUUUAAUGAUUUGUUGCAUCGAACAACUAGCCUACCCAGUUCUUUUAAUUAUCGUAUUAAUCGUAAAUUUGUUCCGAUACUUGUAUUUGUCAGAAUACUUCGGUGUUGGGUACUGGAACGAAAUGUUCUUGCUGCAACCCAUUGCUAUUAGUAUUCCUUUACUUCCGUUAGUAUUUCCGAUUUGUUGGAUUUUUUUGAACUGUUUCGGAAUGGCACGAUUUAAAGCUUUGUUCAAACUUUAUCAGUCUUCAAAGAAACUUCAGUUUGUGGAUCCUUUCGAGGAUACGGAUAUCUCGGGUCCUAGUUAUCCAGAAGUAGUGUAUAAUUGGUUGGAAUUGAGAGAAUAUUUUUUCAAUAUUCUCUUUGGUAAAGAGCAUAUGAUGUCGAGGUCAGCAAGUAUUCUUCACGUUUUAGGAUCAGUUACGGCGUUAUGUUGCGUGGAUAAAAAAGGAAUUCUUUCGUGGCCUAAUCCAACCGCGGAGAAAGUAUUUUUUUUACGCAAUGCCAAUACUUUGUCCCCAUCUUCAAGUACUGGUAGUUUAGACAGAAGUUCCGAACCUCAGUGCCAUAACAAAACUGAAGAUUCCAAAGAGUAUUCGAAUAAAACGUCCUAUGUACAACAUGAUAUGUCUCAUUCGACAGCCGAAGUUUUGGACCUUACUCAUGAUCACGCCUUACCAUUUCGUCUACAAUUUGAUGAUCACUCUUGGAGGCAACACUUGAAUUCAUUGAAACCGCUAGGUCUAGCAAUUCUACUCAACACAUGUAACAUGGACACCCAAGAACAUUACAUGCAGUUCUGUUGCCAUGUCACUUGUGAGGCUCUGUACAAUGAGAAUCUUGUACCAGUUACGAAUAGACGCUACCAGGAUCACAGUGUAGAAGAUAAGAGUGGGUAUGAGGCAAAAGAUACAAUGCAAAGUUCAAGACAGGUGUAUUUAGUCGACGAAUCGGGGAGCCUUGGACAGAUGUGGUGUCUAUGCGAGUUAGCGAAGCAGAUAGGUUUCCAAGACCAGGCGCAACACAUAUUCCAGUUAGAGCAACAACUAUCUACGUUCAGACACGUACAACCAGAGAUGGUUCGACGAGAUAUUAAGUUCGCACGGUCUUUGAGUAUCGCAACGAAACUGAAAUUUCCUUUCCCCCAUAUGGUUGCCGUGGUAGUCAAAGAACGAACUGGGGGUGGUUUGCAAUUGUUGACACAAGGUACAGCGGAUAUAAUUUUGGAUUCUUGUAUCGAAUAUUGGGACGGUCACGAUCUCUGUCCGCUUUCUGCGUCCGACAGGAAAAAAGUACAAGACUUUUAUCAAAGGACGAGUUUAACGUCGUAUUGCACUGCGUUUGCAUACAGACCGUUGACGCGUGGUAUAAACAAAAAAAUGUCUAAAAUAUACUUGGAGCUUCCUGCAGAUAGCAAACAUUUAUACACGCCUCACAGAAGUCCUACGCCGUUACCUUGGGACUUUAGAAAUGUUCUCGAUCCCAGGGUAAAAGGGAUACUUGGACAAUUUCAUUCGACUGAUUCCUUAUUGUGCAGUGAAAACAAAGACGACAAUGUGAGCGACGUUGAAAGUUGUUUCGAUAUUCAAUGUAACCAAGUCUUUAUCGGAAUGGUGACGAUGCAAUACCAAGCGCAAACGGAUAUGGUGCAAUUGAUCGAGCAACUCGACAGAGCCUGUAUCCGUUUCGUGCAUUUCAGUAAAGAGAACGAGCUGAGAUCCCGCGUGUUUUCGGAGAAAAUGGGCCUCGAAAGUGGAUGGAAUUGUCAUAUAUCGUUGCUCAGUGAACGAGCUAGGUCCGAGAGUCCAGUGGGUUGGUGGGUGAGCCAGGCAGCAGCCAUGUCCUCACCCACGCCCUCGGCCCAAUCUCAUCAGCAUAAUUACUCCUGCAUGGAUGAGGCCAGCCACUUGCUUAAUCGUGUCUCUCCUCGCACGAAUUUGGACAACAGCCGCGCCAUGAGUAUGUCGGCACCGAGCGCUAUAAACACAGAUUUCUCUACUGUAAAAUUCGACGAUGAGACUACGGAGUGGAACGAUACAGGACUGUCUCAAGUUAAAAGCGCUAUGAGCCACAGAGAACAGGAUAAUACAGUGAGAAGCGAAGAUAGUGUACUUGUGCAAAGUGUAGAUUUAGGAUCCGGACAAGAAGCAUGGCGAUCGUUGAGUUGUCUCACAGACAGUACCGAACAGAGUGCUCCCGUGAACUUUGAUCUAUCGAACAGGGCGAAACUACCGAGAGGCAUUGAUAAGAUUCGCCCUCAUAUCGAAUUAAUAGACAACGUACCUCUCUUGGUGUCUUUGUUUACUGACUGUAACACUGCUGUUACGAGGGAAAUGUUGCACAUCAUGCAAGACUACGGAGAAGUUGUUUGCGUCCUAGGCUCCUCUGCCAAUGCAGAGAACAUGCCUAUUUUUAUGCAAGCAGAUGCAGGAGUGGCUGUAGAACCGUUGUAUCCACAAGUUUGCCAACGAGUUCCUGUAUUAUCCGCGACGAGGGAAGAUCAGGGUCCAUCUCCAAUUGAUUUGAGUAGAGCAUUAAAUUCGAUAGCUUGCUCUUUAAGCGUUAAACGCGAAGAUCCGAUUGCGGUAUUCCAUUUGAUUAUGGAGGCUCGUCAUUACAUGAAGUGCCUUUGGAAUUGCGUACAAUUUUGGCUCUGUUGUACGGUUACCCUCUCCUUCACUCAAGCUGUAUCUGGUUUUUUACUUUUACCGCCCUUGUUCUCCGUCGAUCAAGUCUUAUGGUUGAGUUGUUUAGUCAUUCCAAUGUUAUCGAUAUCCAUGAUCGCUACACCAAAGGAUACUACUAUAAUGCAGCGUGCUACAGGCAAAAAUCAGUGUACCGUGAAUGGUCAGGUCGCAUUGUUCGUCCUGUGGUGUUACGGUAGCAAAUUCCUACCGACAGUUUUAACGAUAGUCUUUUCACAAUGCAUCUCGUUCUUGACUUUGUGCCCCACUUACACAACGACAGAUUCCAAGUGCCUCUACGUGUACCCUGAUGCACGUGGGGAGGCCUCCUGGGGCGGUUGGGGUGCGAAACCAAACGUAAUUUUAGUGGUACAACAUUUUGCUUUGACGCUGUUAGUUUUACAUUUAGUAACGAUAUCCAUAGGCUUUGUACAUAGAGAGUAUUCUAUUUGGAAGAAGCAACCAUUUAACAACUUCGUAUGGUUAUUAAGUGCAUUUAUAGCAUUGGCCGCACAAGCAGCAUUCUCAGGGACUGUAUUCUGCAAUUUUUGGAAAGAGGAGGGUCAAAAUAUCAAAGACUUUCCUAUUCAUCUUCCUCUAUUUUUCUUAGUCUCGUUGCCCUUCAUCUUUGCCGUUAAUGAAUUAGUUAAAUGGCAAGAAAUUAAAGUGAAUGUAAGGUAUCAGAAGAGGGCUCGGUUAGAGUUUGGUACGAAGCUUGGAAUGAAUUCGCCAUUUUAAAACGUUAAUCUGAAGUAAAAUGGGAAGCCAUAGGCACGAAGUACAGAUAAAUGAAACCAUAAAUGUGAACGGGUCGACUGUAAUCAUGGUUAUGAAAAUUGGAAUACUCAAAUGUCGCAUAAUACUGCUGUAUUACACUGUGAAAAUUGCCAGAAUUUUUCCUUAAUUUAUUAGGUAUUUAUUAUAAAACCAUACAUACUAAAGACUAACAAUUAUCCAAGAGUGUAACUUUAUUUAGAUAACGUUACAGUCAAUAUAUAUAAAUUAUUUCGGAUAGUUAUAAAUUGUUCGACACUUUAAAAGUGUUUUAAAUCUUCUAUUUAAAAAUUGAAAUGCAGGAAAUUUUACAGCCUUGCAAAACUAAAUGUGGUAUAUUAGCACUUGAUACAAGACACUUUUAAAACGCAUAGAAUUGUUUUCGUAACGCGAUAAAUAAAUGUCAAAGUAUUUCUAUUUUUGUAUAAUACGUAUAUAAUAUUUUACAUUUUAAGAAUUGAUAUGUUACAAAGCGUAACAUCUACUAUUUCGAGCUUACGAGGUAUUCAUGUACUUAACUUUUAUUCUGAAUAUUGUACACGAAUGGUGUGCGAUAUUCCUUCGUAGUUUUAAUUCGCGUAAUUGCUACAUAACUUCGCGACAUUUUUUGUGAAAAAAUAAAAUCCAUUGUCGUGCAUUUUAUUAAAUUACUCGAUCACUGAACUCGGUACAAAGAUUAAAAAAUUUUAUCUAAAUUCGAUACAUUCUAAUCACAUAAAAAUCAAAGGUUGUGUGUAGCACGAUAAAUUAUUUAUUUGUAUUUGAAUUUUUCUUACUUGAGAGCGCUGUUUUGGGUAGCAACGAUUUUAAAACGUUAUAGAAUAUAAAGCAUUAUAAUAUUGCUGCUAUUUAGAUUUAAUUAUUUUAGUAUUAUUCGUAACAAAUACGUGCGAAUAAGAUAUUUGAGGCUUUCACGGCUCGAUUCUUCACGAUUGAUAAUUGAUACUAACCGAGACUUCAGGGUUGUUUAUUUCAAAGGUCAAGUUACACACUGGCAAUGGGCGUGAGUCGUGUAGCUCAGGUCGUUUAUUAGUACCUGUUUUAUGACGGAUUUUACGAUUGGUCGAGUAAAUAAUCAUAACGACACCUUCUGUUGGUGAAUAGUGAACCGUGCCACGAGGUCGGUCAUAGGCAAUGAACAGUGAUAUAAACACGGUGUAUAAUUUGAUUUCUGAAGAAGCUAGUUGCAAUGUUGGUUAAACGUUGAAAAAGCCUCGAUUAGUAUUAAACAAGAAAUACGUACGAAUAUACUAUAUUCUUUCGAUCUUGUUGUGUUCCUAUAGAAAGUAAUUUAUUUUUAGAAAUUGAACUAGGAUCCUGCUUCAGUCAAUAUUUCGAGCAUAUCUAUUUUGCAUGACUACAUAGCUAUACUUAUUUUACAUACACGUUUUUAAUAAGAGCUUCAUGAGUUACUACACUUUGUGGUUAAAAGCUGAUAGAAAAGUUCAAAUAGAAAACCAUUACAUGAUAUAAGAAAUAUCGCAACAUUUUGGUGUACAUUGUAAUUUAUGUAAUUUGUGAUAAAAUGUUAUCUAGCGUUUAAUUUAAACUGCAUCCUGUUCUCUUUUUUUUAUAAAUCACUUAUAUUAAACAGAAUUUUAUACACUUACGUAUUUCAGUUUCAUUGUGCAUACCAUUUGUUAUAUAACAAUGUAUAGUUACAUGGUGAACUAUAAUAUGUAUAAAGCAUUUACAGUCCGAGCUUCAUUGAGGUAGAUGAAUAAUUGUGAUUGUAGAGAAUGUAUUUUCUCUGAAUUGUUACUUUACAUGUAUUAUUAAAAUUUACGUUUGACUUUUAUAAAAAUGAUUAGGAAAUUUAAAUGAAUGUAAUUGAUUGUGUAAAGUGAUUUUGAAGUUGAAAAUAAAACUUCUCUUGAUAUA